CUCUGGGCCACACGGACGGGUCCGCUCUCCGCCUUCUCCUCCAGGUCUGCAUCAGAACGCGUAAAGAAGCCGAUCGGAAGAGCAGGAAGCAUGGCUGUAGUCAGUGGAACCUACCGCAUGGUGUCAGAGGAGGAGCAGGCGCUCAGGGCCAAGCUGGAGCAUCUCACCGUCAAGGACCACGGCCCCGUGUUUGGACCCUGCGCCAGCCUGCCAGACCACACCAGGCAGAAGGCCAAAGAUGAGCUGAACGAGACAGAUGAGAAGCGUGUGUCAGCAGCGAAGGAGCUCCGAGCCAUCAUUAAGGAGAAGGCGGAGGCCGGAGAUGACCUGGCCAAGGGGGUGCAGGACACCUUUGGGGAGAAACCAGACAGUCUGCUGGUCCGCUUUAUCCGCGCCAGGAAGUACGACGUGCCCAGAGCCUUUGACCUCAUGAAGGGAUAUGUCCGCUUCCGGAAGGAUUACCCUGAGCUCUUUGAGAACCUGACCCCAGAGGCCGUGCGCAGCACCAUCGAGGCCGGCUACCCCGGCAUCCUCCAUAGCAGAGACAAAUACGGACGUGUGGUUCUGCUCUUCAACAUCGAGAACUGGGACUACGAGGAGAUCACCUUUGACGAGAUUCUGCGUGCCUACUGCGUGAUCCUGGAGAAGCUGCUGGAGAACGAGGAGACUCAGAUCAACGGCUUCUGCAUCAUUGAAAACUUUAAGGGCUUCACCAUGCAGCAAGCGUCAGGAAUCAAACCUACCGAGCUCAAGAAGAUGGUGGACAUGUUGCAGGACUCCUUCCCGGCCCGUUUCAAGGCCGUGCACUUCAUCCACCAGCCAUGGUACUUCACCACCACCUACAAUGUGGUGAAACCCCUCAUGAAGAGUAAGCUGCUAGAGAGAGUGUUCGUCCAUGGAGACGAGCUGGAAAACUACUACAAGGAGUUUGACCCCGAAAUUCUUCCCUCUGAGUUUGACGGAAAAGGUUCUAAGUACGACGGCAAGGCCACGGCGAACAAGCUGUUCGACUAGUCGUCAUAGAAAGCUGUCGCCCAGCAGUCUGACAGCUGAAAUGCAGUGAAAAAAAAAACAUGUAACAGAAUAAUCCAGCUGUGUGGAUGUAGGCAGAAUAGUUAUGAAUGAAACAUAGGAGAGCGUGAGAAAGGCUGAAGAAGAGUCCGUUUUCCAGAUGUUCUGACAAAACCCAGUCCUGCAGGAAGGGGGCGGUACUGAGCUGAAACCUUAGCUUUCUACAGUCUCUAACUCAUAAAUUUUGAGCAGAAAUUACAAUUUUUUUUGUUAUAAAUCUUUUACCCAAAACAUAGAAAUGUAAAUUCACACGGAAACCUGAUUGGAAUAUUUCUUUCUGCUUUAAAAGAGAAACUGUUGUCCACUUCCCAUUGAUUUUCCAACUCAACAUUUUUGAAGCUGAAAAAGAAAGUCCCAUCAGGGAUGAUAUUUCAAACACCAUGAAUUGGAUUUCAGGAGUUUCAAUGUUGUUUUAUACACCAGAUGAGACUUAAAGUAUGACAUGUCUGUCAAUUCUUUCUUUAGAUUCACUUUCAGAAUAAAACCAAGUUUUACUCGGCAUGCCACCUUGUACACCAACAAUGUCAAUAAAUGUACAAUAAACUGUAUAUAAAUAUAA